UCACCACAAGUCUUUUUGCUUGGCUGUUUGAUUUUAUUCAUGCUAGUUUGCUUUGUAGGCCCAAGUCUAGGCUUUAGGUCCUAUUUCCGUGUUCUUGAGAUUCUUCUCUAAGAUACUUGGCUUGUUUUCUUACGAACGUGAAGACAACGGCCAAGUCUAACGAUUCACAACGCAGCCAUUAGGCCCUGUGGGGUUUUUUUUCUUAUCAGUUUUUAGACUUUUGGGAAAGUACUUCUUGUUGAUUGCUUAACAAAAACAAACAAUGGACAGAUCAUCUGUUGUUGUUAUGAUGGUCCCUGCCUUUACGAUAUGAAGCCAUGGACAAGCUGAAGAAGAAAAACAACAAGGGAGGAGUUUCUAAUAAUUCAACAUCUGAGUGGUCUCGCACUGGUAGCUUCAUGAAUAAACCAGACAUAGGAUGGAUCCAUCCAGAUGCCCAGCUUUCUCCAGAUGCUGGCAUUUGCUAUGGAGUCAGGUACAUUGGCUGCCUGGAAAUAAAAGAGUCCAUGAAAACUCUUGAUUUCGAUACCAGAACCACCAUUGCAAGGGAAUCCAUAAACCGGGUGGCUGAAGCUGCUGGUCUGAAAACUGCAUCUAAAAAGAAAAAGAUUGACCGCCGUCUGGGAAAGAUGAUGGGCGACCUACCGCAUAUGCAAUACGCUGGGUCCAAUGUGAAUUUGACAAUUACCACUGACAGUAUUAACCUGAUGGUCAUGGAGUCAGGCGAGAUCAUUGCUGAUCAUCCUCUUCAUGUUGUUUCAUUUGCAUCCGGUGGAGAUGUGGACACCUUGGAUUUUGUCUCAUAUGUGGCAAAAGAUCCUGAGUAUGGCAGAGCUUGUCAUGUGUUGGAGUGUGGAGGUGGGCUUGCUGAGGAUGUUGUCACCACAAUUGGCCAAGCUUUUGAGUUGAGGUUCAAACAGUAUCUGAAAAAGCAACCUAAAGCUGUGCAGUUGCCUGACAGACAAGACAAUCCAGGAUUUGAGGAUGAAAAGUGGGGAAAUGCUGAUGAUUACUACAAUGACAAUCCUGAUGCAAUUGCUCCUGUGCCUGGGAUGGAAGCUGCAGCAGCAACCCCGGUAGUGCCUCCACGACCAGAGCUAAGUACUACUGGAACACAUGCCACUGUAAAGGAAGACCAAGGUUAUGAUGAACCAAAGGAAGAUGCAGCGGGGACCGGUGGCUUAUAUGAUAACAAAGCAGCAAAAACCAAUGGAGAGGCUGGUAUGAGUAAAGUGGAAGGUGUGGAGUAUGACAAUAGGGGCAAGCAUCUCACAGAGCAAGAUCAAAAUAGCCAAAUUGAUGCUUUUGACAUGGAACCUUUCAGUGUUGAUCUACCUCCACCUCCGGUACCUGUUGCUGCUGCCUCUUCAAAAAAGUCACACAAAGGGGCUGAGAUGGAUCUCCGUGAGAAUAAAUCUCCUUCUACAGAAGCAUUGGAGCCUGUCUUUGAAGAGUGGUAUCAUGGAGAUCUGCCUCGUAAACAGGCUGAGUCCAUGCUUGAAUUUGAUGGUGAUUUCCUCGUAAGGAAAAGUUCUAACAGCCCAGGACAAUUUGUCCUGAGUGGCAAGCAAGCAGGAGCUCCCAGACAUUUAUUACUGGUUGACCCUGAGGGAAUUGUCAGAACACGAGACUUUAUAUUUGACAGUGUAAGUCACCUCAUCAACUACCACAGACAGAACAAUUUACCCAUUGUGACUCAGGGAAGUGAGCUACAGCUUGUUCGGCCUGUGAAGACCUCCCUUUCAGCUAUUUAAUCCCGAUGUCAGCUUUCACAGGUGUUGAGAAUGUGCAGUGGUGAGAUGUCUUAUAUAUUGUGAACCAAUUCUGAACAAGGAGCAUAAGAUCAGUCUCCUUAUGAAAUGGCUUAGUGGUUUUAUGUUUUUAUUGAACUACAUGUAGUUGUCAGCAAUGAAUGUUGAAAGAAUUCAAGAGAGAAUGUUACUGAAACAUUUAACAAUAGUGUUCUUUUCACAGUGUUUGUCUGUGAAUGGGGUUGAAUGUAUUUGGGGGCUUCUCUUUCAUUGCAACAAGGACUGUCAGUUCAACAUACAACAUUUAAGGCUAAAAUAAAAAGUAGCACUCUCACCCUUCUACAUAUUAUUUAUGGGGACACUUGUACUAUUGUAUGCACCCAAGGGCACAGGCCUUCAAAUGGUGGGUGUCUUUAAAAAAGGACCCAUUCAAAGGGCAAUAACUUGGUCAUCUUAAGACUAAUGUCAACGAAACUUUGAAGAAAUGAAAUUCAACCAGGGGGACAUUACAUUCUUCACAAUGAAAUAAAUCAACCAUCAUGUUCGAAUAAAAUAAGUUUUUAGAAUUUCAACCCAAAUUGAGUGAAAUUCAAAACAUUGCAAGUUCUUUAAAGUCGACCAUACUGGGGUACUGGUCUUUUUUCAAAUAGUCAUUAUUUGUGUAUUGAAGAACAGAUGUAGGAAAAAAAAAUGAUUGCCAAAUAAAUCUAAGGAGGUGAUGGCUAUUUAAAUAUCCAGGUGUUGACCAUUUCUCUCCUUACAAGCUCGUCCAAUAUGCCACUGUAAAUUUUGAAUGAGCCCAUGGCAUCUUUUUGGGUCUAUUCUGGGGACGCCCUGUUCAACAAUGAAUUUUGAUUGUUUAUAGCUUGUUUCCGCAGACUCUGUCUGUCAAAAAACUCCAAAGGUAAUCAUUUAAAGGGCUCAAAUUUGAAGGAAUAUUGUGACCAUUCAUUUGUAAACUUUCGGCCUUUAAGGCGUUCCCUAUACAUUUGGGGUGUGGCUCUCAUCCAAGUAGAACCAGGCCUCUACAGCUUAACACUUUCGCCUCCCCGAACUUCUCCAAAACUUUUGCAGCACAAUGAGAUAUCAAUCUGACGUUAUUGUUGUGGUUUAUUGUCCUUGUCCAUAAACGAGAACGGGCUGAUCACACCCUUGUAGCUGAACAUUUCUAAGAAGUGAAAUUUUGCGUUUUUCCCAAAUUUGGUUUUAAAAAAUUUUACUUGAUAUUUCACGGAGGCGUCAAAGGAUUUCCUUCAGAUCAACUUGAUGUCCCCUGUUUGAAUUUUAUUUGUUUUAAGUUUUGUUAAAAUUGGUGCACUACUGACCGAGUUAUUGCCCUUUAAAUGGGUCGUCUUUUGUUUAGACACCCUUUACUUGGCCUUGUCUGGUGUGCGAAAACAAUCUGGUGCCAGCACUGGCUUGCAGGAAAACAGUAUUACUGUCUGGGGCAGAAUUAUAAAUAUUGCGCUAAUGGAUGCCCAAAGAUUUUUGAAGGACUAAUCUUUACUUCUGUUGUCCAUAGCAUGGGUUCAUUGUGUACUGAACAUUGUGAAAUUGAAAUUAUACUGUCAAGUGUGAGUAUUGAUUUUUGCCCAAAAGCACUGUAGUUAUCAUUUUCCUGAACAAGCCUGUUUUUAUGUUAUGUAAUGUGACGUUUUAAAAUGGAAAUUCAUUGCCCAGUUGAUGUUGGUUGGAAAAAAAGUAUAAAAAUGUAUUUUUAUUCAUGAAAAAUCGUUAGUCCAAUUUCACCUGUCGAUUAUUUAGGGACUGUUCAUAGAACAAACCUCCCUACGAGGACCAUUGAAGUUAUCUUUUCAUAAAGAGUUUUUGUGUGGAUGCCACUCAGCGCAUUGGACUGUUUUAUACACGCAUAGUAUCGAUCUCUACACUCAAGAGUAAAUUUGAAUUCUUAUUUUUUCAGUUGUGUAGACAUUGUUGUGUACAGUGUGUAGGCCUACAUGUUUGGAAGCCAUCAUGUUAUGCCACUACUACUACGCAUCGUAAAUUUGAAAGCUGUAUUUUAUGGUUUUGACCUUUCUUUUUUACGUGAUCUGGCAGGCCAGAUGUCUUUGUUUUUCAAGGACAGUCCCUAAGCAGUCAAGCAGGGUCUAUCGCCAGUUCACUUUUGUCUGUCCGAUUUUUAAGAAAAUUCUAGCUCAUUUAUUAAUUUACCAAUGUGCACAAAACUUUUCCCUGUAUUAUAUUACCCUUUUGUGUGCAUAUACAGGAUCACUACAUUGCUUAUAACCUGCUCAUUUUGAGUUUGAGACAGCGCCAUCCCCAGUCCUUUCAUUUAAGUUUGCAGAUUUCCUUGUCUAGAUAUCUUUACGCGAGCCUUGAAAAGUACUCAUCCCUUUUUUGGACCAUGUUUUGUAGACAUGCGUACAUGUGGUGUUGAUCAAAGUAGGUCUACGUUUUGAUGUUUUAGUUGUUUGCUGUAAAUACCCUAUUAUUUUUUAAAAUCUGCUUUAGGCUUACAUCAAAGAAAAUAUAUUGGAAAUUUAGUUUACAGUGACUUUCAUUAAUUGGCUUUUCGAUUCUGUUGGUCAUCCAAAUUUUAGACUUCCAUGCAAAGACCUGAGAAGAUAAAACAGAGCAAUUUAUUUUUAUCUUGUUUUAACCACGGUCAGAUGAGAGUGAACAAGCUGUGUAAAUCAAAUUCUUGGGGUUUUUGGAUAAAGCUGUUAUUUCAAUAAAGACAGUAAGGGGCAUCAUACAAUAUAGUUUCAAGUUUCACUCUGUUUCAUUAUUUUCAUUAUAGUUUUUAUUAUUAAAAUAUGAGUGCCCAGAUCAUAGUACUUGAUUUGAGCACUCUCUUUUUCUUCAAAUUUCUGAAACUUCAAAGAAAAAGAUGUCAAAGACCCUUGUUGAGCGACACUGAUGAUCAGUUGUGUGAGUUGUGUCAUAAUUCAUAAGCAUUAAUUGUGACUGUAUUCCCAGAUUUAAGUUUAAUAUAUUAGCCUUCUAAUGACUGCACAUUUUAAAUGACCUCAUUGAAUUCACCACUACCACUACUACCAGGUACAAAUUUUGAUUCAGUAUUAUAGGUUGCUUUUAAGCACAAGUGGGCUAUCCCGCAAAAUGCUGUCUUGAGAAAAUCGAAGAUAAACUUUUUGCCCUUUGUUAAGUUUCUUUAAAAGACAAAUAGAGUUUUCUCUAUACCCAAACAAAUUGCCCACUUAUGAUGUAGGUCAAGAUUUCUGGAAACCCCCGAAAUCUGGGUUAGCCCGCUUGUCCUUAAAAGCAACCAGUUAAUUCCCAAUUUGUUAAAAAGGUAUUUGUAAACUGGUGAAGGUUGCUUUUAAUUUCUUUGGGGGGGAAAAAUGGCUUAUCUGUCAUGGAGGGAUUUGUUGUCCUUCAAUAGAAUUAGUAUUUGGAACCAAUACACACUGGCAAAUUUAGUCAAAUUUGUCUCGAGAGGAAAUUUUGUUUUCAGAUAAAGUUCAUCGCUCAAGAAAUUAAAAAUGGUAAACAUCAGGUUAUGAGGAUAUUGCCAGUAUCCAUUGAUCUGUAAGGAUGGCAUGUAGUAUUGUUUUUGAUACCAUAAUUUUUCAGUUUUUGUUAAUUACUGCAAUAAUUUAUCCUGAUUUUGAAGAAGAGCAGCAGAAAGCCAUAACCUUUUGUUAUAUAGUCUGUGAUUUAUCUCUUUGUUUGAAAACGUGUAAAAAUGAUUUGUAUGAUAACAAUUUAUUUUUGUAAAGUUUAGACAGUAAUUUCAGUCUGUUCCUUAGUUUGAUCUGCCUUUGUUUUUGUACAGUCUAGCAUGCACAUAGUGAAAAAGGGGGACACCGUUAGCUCAGUGGGUAUCAUGCUGGACUAUUGAGCGUAUGGCCCUGGUUCAAAUCCCAGACUGGGUGUUCUUGAACUCGGCUCGUUUUAUGGAGUUUUCAAAGCUGUCAAAUCAUUUGGCUCGGCCGUAUUGGAGAUGGACGUUAAAUACUUAUACCAAAUAGUGUUGAUAGGAAUGUGAAAGCUAUACACUUACUUUACACUUACAGUUUACUUACAGGUUACAAAGCGAAAUUGGCAGGAUGCAGAAAUCUUUUCGCUAUGUAGGAAUUUCCCUCUUGUAUGUGUUUUUUAAAAACAAGUGAAAAUGUACCGUACCUGAAACUCUAUAAUUUAAUAUGCACGUUUCUCUAUGUGCAUGAUAGACUGCAGGCCUACUUAGAUUAGUGACUUUUAGGGUUUACAAUGGUUAGGCAGGAAAAUAAUUGACAGGUUGUUGGGUUUUUUUGUUUUAUCCAUAAUAUAAGUUUAUAGAUUACACAUCCUGUGUAAUUCUUACCUGUUGGCAGGAGGGACCUACUUUUGUGCUCUUAUUGUCGGGCAUUUUCUUGGAAGACAUAUAUAUUAAUGUAGAAUCCCAGAUUGGGUGUUCUUGAACUCGGCUCCUACUCCUAUCACCCCAUCUGGUUUUUGCUUCUUUUUGGUCUGUACUGAAUCUAUCGAGACCAAUGUCAGGGGAUGCAAAGUCUGAAUGCACUGAUGAUUAGGGCCGAGGCGAGCCAGUAUAUUUCCCAGGAACUGAGCAGAAGUAUGGAGUUGUCAAAAAAUCUAAACCUCUAUUGAUUUGUUCACCAAUUCUCUUCAUAUUUUGGUAUGCUGUUAUAGUAUAAUUGAAUGCGUUUUGAGAUAUUAAACUAUACUAUAAUUAUAAUGAAUCUGUGCUAAAUGGUUUUAAGUGUAUGAGGGUGAUAAUGGGACUGAAAACGGAGACCAGAAAAAUUAUCUUUUAUUUUUAUUGUGCUAUAUAAUUAUAUUAUAGAUGCUGCUCUAUUUCACGAAUGACACAUGUUUGUCAUCUUUGCCUAAGUGAUCAAAUUUUUAGAUCAAUUCAAACUGGAGAAAGCUUUCUAACUUCAAAAAGUUAAUUUUGUAUGAAUCAUUUAGUACUUGAGCAUACUAGGGUAUGAUUAUUUUCCUAAAAUCAGUGUUAUCAUUGGCAUCAAAAGCAUGAAAAUAUUCUGGUAUAAACUCAUCUAUCUCAGUCACAUCAUAUACUUUGCCUACAAUCUGUUUGUUUACUGAAAUACGAUAUUCGAGAAAAGAAUGAAAGCCAAGUUUUCGACAUUUCUAAAAGAUUCAAAAGAAAUUAAGUUUUCAGGUAAGAAAGCUUUUCCGUUUUCACUAGAGAAAGGGAAAGGGUCUAGCUUACAACCCAAACCAACCGACGUCAUAGUCUUCAGUGCGUUAAAUACCUGUAGUAGUAAUAAUGGACCCUUUCAACAGUUCAUGGCAUGCGAAAACGAGUUGUAACUCGUUUUUUUUGUAACUCGUUUUUUCUUUCAGAACUAUCCCAUGUUAUGUGAAUGUGUUUGAAAAAGUUACAGCAUAAGUAGGUAAUUGUUGAACUGCUCAUUGUUCAUUUGAUUGUAUUG